CCGCACCUCAUCUAACGGGCAGCGGCCGGUCAGGCUGCCGCCACCCGCCACAGCAGCGAGCAAGCGGCGGAGAAGACGACGACGCGGCCCGCCAAGCUCCCCACGGCGAAAAGGAACAGGAAGGCGGCGCCCUCCGCGCGUGGUGGGUGGGAGUGGGAUGGAGAGGGGCGCCGCCGCCGCGGCGCUCGCCUGCGCCCUCCGCUCCCCUUCUCCCUCCCCGUCCCCGGCGCCCCAGUGGCCGCCGCUCCUCCGCUGCCCCCGCCGCGGCCCGCCCGGGCCUCCCCGCCCCAUCCUGCCGCCCGCGUUCCGCUUCAGUCAAAACAGGCAUCUAGACAUGAAGAAGGGGCAGAGUAGGAUUUCAAUUAAGACCUUCAGUUCAUCUGGACACUCAGGGGUCAGACAGAAAAAUGAUGAUUUAGUUAAUGACAAGCUCCUAAUAGAUUGUGGAGAAGAUCAAGAUUGUGUGCUUGGUGGCAUAGUCGCCCUGGGAAAGUUUGACGCCCUUCACGUUGGCCAUCGGGAAUUGGCAAUGCAUGCUUCUAAAGCAGGGACUCCUUUUCUUCUUUCUUUCGUGGGAAUGGCCGAAGUACUUGGCUGGACAUAUAGGCCUCCUAUAGUUGCUCAGUGUGAUCGCAAGCGAGUCCUUUCAUCCUGGGCUCCUUACUGUAGGAAUGUGGUACCUCUUGAAUACCAAGUUGAGUUUUCAAAGGUCAGGUCCCUGUCUCCACGACAGUUUGUUGAAAGGUUAUCAAAGGAUCUUAGAAUAAAAGGUGUCGUGGCAGGUGAAAAUUAUAGAUUUGGUUAUAAAGCAUCCGGUGAUGCAGCUGAGUUAGUGAAACUAUGUGAGGAAUUUGGUUUAAGUGCAUUCAUUGUACGCUCUGUCAUGGACACAGCAAAAAGAGCUCAUAAUGGAGUUGCAGCUGCUAUAAAUUCAAGUGAUAAGGGACAGGUUUCUUCCAGCCGUGUCCGACAUGCGUUGGCUAUGGGUGACAUGGAAUACGUCUCUGAAUUACUCGGGAGGAAACACCGUCUUGUGCUAAUGGUUAACCAAAAGUGCUUUCAUGAAAGGAAAAAGAUUGUAUUCCCUAAUUCCUGCAUGUUGAAUAUGCCACCAGCUGAAGGUCUGUAUGAAAACUGCGAACUUGUUAAUGGAGGGUAUCUUGGACCAUGUAGAGUGAUCAUCAACUCUGACACCAUCGUCAUUGAGAUGAAAGAUGAGAACAGUUUGUCUCCCAAUCCUAUUCAAGAAGUCCGGCAAUUAGGCAUUGAGUUUGGAUAAAGUUGUGUAAAUUUGUGCUCUAUUGGUGGGAGCCCAUUUUUUUCAGUUGCCCUUUUUUGGUGAUUGUUGCCGAAAGGAAAAGAGUUUAGUGAAAAUACUGCAAGGGAAGUCAAAGACUCUGUUCAAGUAUGCGGUAUGCCUCACCAUGAUUGUGUUCAGGAGCAUCUUGUAGUCUCACAAGAAUGCUUUCUUACAGAAAAGACAAGAUUAGUCCAAGGUUACCAUACAAGGAUGACUGUGGAGUCACAGUGGCAUUUUUUUGACCUGUCGAGCUGCAUCUAUCGAAUCAAAUUCAGGAAAGGGGCUUACCUUCCAACUUCACGCCAUGUAGUUUAUACAUUGUAGUUGUAGUUCACACAUUGAUAGGGAGCAUGGUUGGUAAUCUGUCAACAUUGUAGCAUCUGUUAUCACUUGAUGUUUAGCUGCUAUAAUCAGAACUUUUCUGAUAAAAACAUUUGAGAUUCCUCCGGAUUUCUUUUAUACAAGAUUGCAGCUGUCCCUUUGGCUGCUGCUAACAUCAACAAA